AUCAUCAUUAACAGCUGAUGUUGAAGUUUAGUUCUUUUCAAAACAAAUCCGAUUGCAGGUCCGUAAAUUUGUGUUGUUCAAAAUCGUUCACUGGAUUUUAUCCAUAAGCAAACUAGUUAUUGCACUCAAGAAGUUUUAAUACCAUUCCAUAAUGUUCCGUUCAUUCAGACGAUUCCACUCUUCUAGUAGACGUUAUUUAUCCAGCUACAGUUCCCUCAUCGACAUAAAACCAAAUAUUCUCACAGCACUAAGAUCUCAUCGUCCGGUGGUAGCUCUUGAAUCGACCAUAAUCACACAUGGCAUGCCAUAUCCCCACAAUUUGGAAACUGCAGCCGAAGUCGAAGAAAUUAUUCGACAAGAGAAUGCCAUUCCAGCAACUAUCGCAAUUUUAAACGGUCGUAUCAAAGUGGGAUUGUCACCGGAAGAAUUGGUUGUAUUGGCUCGACCCGAUAAUCAGCAAUCCGUUAAGGUUUCCCGACGUGAUAUGGCAUACGUUGUUAGUAAUCAGAUGAAUGGUGGCACGACCGUGGCUGGAACGUUAAUUAUAGCAAACAUGGUCGGAAUAAACGUUUUUGCCACUGGUGGCAUAGGUGGUGUACAUCGAGAUGGCAACGUUACCAUGGAUGUCUCAGCAGAUUUGGUAGAAUUGGGAAGAAAUCCGGUAGCUGUGGUUGCAAGUGGUGUAAAAUCAAUCUUAGACAUUCCGAAAACAUUGGAGUUCUUAGAAACUCAGGGCGUGUGUGUGGCGUCGUACCAAAGUAGCAAUAAAGAUUUUCCAGCAUUUUAUACCAGAAAAAGUGGAUCAACAGCACCGUACAAUUUUGCCAGCCCAUCGGAAGCAGCAGAAGUUAUAAAUGGUAAUCUGAAUUUGGGCCUACGUUCCGGUAUAUUGAUUGCAGCGCCAGUGCCCGAGGAGUGGGCUAUGAAUGAAGAUGAAAUCAACCUGGCAAUCAAAAAUGCUCUUGAACUCGCAGAAACCAAUGACAUUCGUGGAAAAGAAAUCACACCAUUCCUGCUCAGCAAAAUUGCAGAAAUUACCAAAGGACGCAGCCUUGAUACAAACAUAGCCCUGAUAAAAAACAACGCCAAAAUUGCAGCUCAAAUAGCCGUCGAAUUGGCCAAAUUGAAAGCAUCAACGCAGCCGGAAAAGAAAUGUGAAAUAAAAUCGAGCGCCGGCAAUGACUUUGUAGUGAGCGAUAGAUCAAAUAAAGUCCCGGUUGUGGUUGGGGCGUCAGUUAUCGAUUUGUCUUACACGAUUGCCGAUGACGAUUUAAAGUUCAAUGGAGCGACAUACCAUUCCAAAUUACAAACAUUCGGCGGUGGUGUUGGACGCAAUAUCGCAGAAGCAAUUUCAAAACUGUACGGAUGCGUUCAUUUUAUAUCAGUUGUUGGCAAUGAUCAGAAUGGCGACUAUUUGAAGACGUUACUACCACCUGAUUGUCGUCGUUACGUUGUUACAAGCGAGGCGAAAAGUACGGCAAGUUUUAUAUUGAUUCUUGAUCGUAGUGGAGAUUGCAAAUUGAUCGUUGGCAAUACGGAGAUCAACAAUUACAUUACGCCCGAACUGAUAAUCAAAAAUGAGAAAAUCAUUCAACGGGCACCUGUUGUUGUCUUCGACGCAAAUAUAAAUUUAGACUGCAUUGGGACCAUAUUAGAGCUAUGCAGUAAAUACAACGUUCCAGCAUUCUUCGAACCCACCGACAUGCGAAAAGCCCACAUUCCAUUCGAACUGCCAUACACCUUGAUCAAACAAAUCAAAUUUAUUUCGCCAAACAUCCACGAACUGAACGUUAUUGCCAAGUGUCUACGGUACGAGGACGAUUAUCCCGACCCAACGGCAGACAACUACGUCAGUGACAAGAAAUUAUUCGCCAGUUUGAUGCGCGUCACGAAAUUUGUGAACGAAAAGAUCGAAAAUGUUAUCGUUACCAUGGGUCCGAUCGGAAUACUCAUUGCUCGUCGGGGCAAUGCAAAGGAUUCCGUUUACGAUCAGAAUGGAAGAUAUGUUCCGGAGCUGUGUACCAAUGAGCGGCAGUUCCAUUUGUACGAAACCAAGCGAAUCGAAGAGAUUGUUAAUGUGUCGGGAGCUGGAGACAGUUGGACCAGUGGAUUUGUUAGUGCCAUGGUGCAAGGUCUACCGGAAGAUGUUUGUGUUUCUGUGGGCUUUGAAGCUUCCAAACGGGCACUGAUGUCAUCGUCGCCGGUUGCGACUGAAUAUUUCGAUCAAAACAAUUCGUGUUGGUCGAAUGGUGCCGAAGUGAAGAAUUUCUAAAUUUUGUUUGCUGUCUUGUCUGUGUAGCAAUGAAAAUGCUCGCAAAUGUAUCAAAAUGCCCAAAAAUUUUCUAUUUUUUCCAUUCUUAAGUUUUGUAAUCAAAAAACAAUUUAUUUUUUCACUUUCUCAAAUAAACAUCCGCAACAGCAGUGACGGAAUUCACUUUU